AUGGCAACAGUACCCGACUACUCACGGCCGACAACGCCUGAAACACUCGCCAAUGGCAUUGCCACACCUCGUACACCAAGGAAUGGUUUUGCUCUUACCGAAUACAGUGCGAACCCAAGCCCGCCCCCGGAACCAAACACUUCAAAGACACAGAGCGUGAUACCCGAAGCAUUCCUGCUCCCAAAUGGAUACCCCGACUACUUGCGCCUUAUCCUCACAUCACGCGUCUACGAGGUCGUCCAGGAAACGCCAUUGACGCCCGCUAUCAAUCUCAGCAACCGGCUAGAAUGCAACGUCUUACUCAAACGCGAGGAUCUACAGCCCGUCUUCAGUUUCAAGCUGCGGGGCGCAUACAACAAGAUGGCACAUCUGGAGCCCAAAGAGCGGUGGAGAGGUGUUGUGGCAUGUAGCGCUGGAAACCAUGCCCAGGGCGUUGCGUACUCUGCCCGCAAGCUCAAGAUCCCAGCAACUAUUGUCAUGCCCUCGGGCACUCCGGAUAUCAAGCACAAGAAUGUCUCGAGAAUGGGUGGCUCUGUUAUACUUCACGGAGCAGACUUUGAUGCUGCAAAGGCAGAGGCAUCGAGGUUGGAGAAGCUGCAUGGACUCAUUUCUAUACCGCCCUUUGACGAUCCAUAUGUCAUUGCAGGCCAGGGUACUGUCGGUAUGGAACUGCUACGACAAACCAACCUGCAAGAUCUCAAGGCCGUGUUUUGCUGCGUAGGCGGAGGCGGCUUGAUCGCCGGAGUAGGCGUCUACAUCAAGCGCAUCGCACCACAUGUCAAAAUCAUAGGCGUGGAGCAGUACGACGCCAACGCCAUGGUCGAGUCUCUCAAAGCAGGCAAACGCGUCGUCCUCCAAGACGUCGGUCUCUUCGCCGACGGCGCAGCCGUCAAAACAGUCGGCGAAGAAACCUUCCGUAUCUGCCAGGAAGUCGUCGACGAAGUCGUCCAAGUCACGACCGACGAGACGUGCGCCGCCAUAAAAGACAUGUUCGAAGACACACGCUCCAUUGUCGAGCCCGCGGGUGCGCUCGCCCUCGCCGGCCUCAAAAAAUGGGUCUCGCGCAACCCGUCGCCCGACCGCAACCGCGGCCUCAUCGCCAUCGCCAGCGGCGCAAACAUGAACUUUGACCGCCUCCGCUUCGUCGCCGAGCGCGCCGCCAUUGGCGAAAACAAAGAAGCAAUCCUCUCCGUCACCAUCCCCGAAUCCCCAGGCGCCUUCGCAAACCUCGUCUCAGUCAUCCACCCCAUGGCCGUCACCGAAUUCAGCUACCGCUACUCCAGCCCCGACUCGGCACAGAUCCUCGUCGGCGUAGAACUCAAAGCCGCAACCCGCGCCCGCGACCUGCCCGAUCUCAUCGCCCGCCUCGCCGCAGACGGAAUGAUCGCACACGACCUCUCCAAAGACGAGCUCGUCAAAAGCCACAUCCGCUACCUCGUCGGCGGCCGCAGCGACGCCGCAAACGAGCACAUGUUCAUGUUCGAGUUCCCAGAGCGCGGCGGCGCCUUGUACAAGUUCUUGAAUACCCUCCAGCCCGGUAUGAAUAUUAGCCUUUUCCAUUACAGAAACUAUGGAGGCGACGUCGCCAAGAUUCUCGCAGGCAUCCAGUGCCACGAGGAUGAGAGCGACAAGUUGACCGCGUUUCUCAAAGAUAUCGGGUAUCCGUAUAAGGAGGUGACGGAUAGUCCGAGUUAUAACAUGUUUUUGCGCCGUUGA